AUAUCGAUGAUUGUGUAGACAAAUGUCAAAAUGGAGGAACAUGUCACGAUCUUCUAGAUGAUUUCUAUUGUACUUGCCCAAUUGGAUUUGAAGGUAGACAUUGUGAAAUUAAUCGUGAAUGUUCCAGUAAACCAUGUCAAAAUAAAGGAAUCUGUCAUGAAAUUCCUGGUGGUUAUUUAUGUGAAUGUCCAAAUGGAUUUAUAGGACAAAAUUGUGAAAUUUCAAUAAAUGGAUGUAAUCCAAAUCUUUGUCAAAAUGGUGCUUAUUGUUAUACAUUAUCUAGUGGUUUCUAUUGUAAAUGUUCAGAAAAUUUUUAUGGACAAUUUUGUGAAUAUCAAAGACCAUAUUGUGGACCAGAUGGUUGUGAUACAUUAAUGGAUCCAUGUUUAACUAUGUUAAUUAUGCAUAAUAAUGAUACAUUCCCAUAUCCUUCUUCUUCUUCUUCUUCCUCGUUGACGUUAACAUCUUCAGUAUUAACUCUUCAGCAAUCAACAAUGAUUCCGAGAAAUUCAACUCAAUCAAAUUAUGAUAAUUUAUUAAUUAGUCAUCAUGAGAUCACAUAUCCUUAUGGUGUAUGUGGUCAACAUGGUACAUGUGUUAGUACAGAUAAUGGAGAUUAUAAAUGUAUCUGUGGAACUGGUUAUCAAGGAAAAUAUUGUCAUCAAUCAAUUAAUUAUUGUGAAACUAUGCCAUGUAUGAAUGAUGGUACAUGUAUAAGUGGUUUAGAAGGUUAUGAAUGUAUAUGUGAAGAAGGAUUUAGUGGUGUGCAAUGUGAACAUCCUAUUGAUUUAUGUCAACCAAAUCCAUGCCAAAAUGGUGGCUAUUGUCAGCAUACAUUACAUCCAGGAGAUUUUCAAUGUCGUUGUGCACCAGGUUGGUCUGGUCGUUGGUGUGAAUUUCAAACAGAUAAUCCAUGUAAUAUGGCUAAAAUUUGUUUUAAUAAUGGUAAAUGUCAUCAAGAUCAUUUAAGUCCUGGAUUAUUUAAAUGUGAAUGUGAUAAUCAAUGGAUUGGAUCUGUUUGCCAGUUACGUCGACCAGAAACAAGGUCAUGUGUACAAAAAAAUCUAUGCAAAAAUGGUGCUACAUGUGUUGAUUUAGGUAACAGUUUCAAUUGUAUCUGUCGUCCUGGUUUCGAUGGUCAAUAUUGUGAAAAUGAAAUUAACGAAUGUAAUUCAAUGCCAUGUUAUAAUAAUGGAACAUGUAAAGAUCUUAUUAAUUCUUUCGAAUGUGAUUGCCCUAAAGGUUUCAUUGGAACAGACUGUAGAAUAAACGUUAAUGAAUGUGCUUCAUAUCCAUGUUCAUUUGGAUCAACUUGUAUUGAUCGUGUUGGAACAUAUGAAUGUAUUUGUCCAGAACAACGAUAUGGUCGACAUUGUGAAGAAGUGAUCAUUGAAACAGAACCAAAACCUCCAGCAUGUAAUUUUCAUGGUCGAAUUUAUGAUCAUAAUGACAAUUGGACUUAUAGUUGUCAACAAUGUCAUUGUAAUAAAGGACAAAUUAUAUGUACUGAUGAUUUCUGCGGAUAUUGGUCAUGUUUACAAAUUAUUGGACGAAAUGAUCGUUUCGCUUGUAAAAAUGGUGAAAUAUGUCAUAUUAUCUCAUCAAAUAGUUUGAAUAAUAAUGAUUGUUUUGUACCACCAUGUUAUUUACGUACAAUUUGUUUAAAUGCUAGUCAAUCAAUAGAGGGACAAUUAAAACAAUUAUUACCUAAUUAUUAUUUUAAACAAUCAUUACCGGGUUGUCGACCAAAUAGUUUUAUAUUAAAUAAUCAUUGUGCUAGAUUAUUAUUACAUUUUUCUAAAUUACGUAUGUCUUAUUCAACAACUAUUGAUGAUAUAUGUAAUGCUGUAAAAAAUUUACCAUCAUUAAAAAAAUAUCAUCACUACGGUAGUAGUAGUAGUGGUGGUGGUGGUGAUGCUGCUGAUGAUGAUGAUGGGGGUCGUGGGAAAUUGGAUAUCGGUAUAAGUUGUGAUAUAAAAGCUGGUUAUUCUAUAGAACAACAAAAUAUAAUAGAAGUAACACUUAGUUCAUUGAAUGGUCAAGUUCGAAUUGGUCCAGAUGGUAAAGAAUAUUCGUUUAUUCAUGAAUUAGCUAGAAAUUUAUCUAAAGAAGCUUAUUUAGCUGCAUCAACUAAUUUAAAAUUACGUAAAGAUAAUUUGAAACUAUUCAAUAGUGGAAGUGACAGGAAUUAUGAGUUUGCCAAUAAUGACAGUAAUCAUGAUGAGGAUGAUGAUGAUGAUGAUGAUGAAGGCAUACCGUUACCGCCGAUGUCUAUGAUUUUAGGCACUGAUCAAUUAGAUGAUUAUUGGCAUAGAGUAUUGCUUGGUAUAAUUGAAAUUCAAGUUGAUACAAUGGUUGUAAAUGAAAAUGAUUUUGGUCCACGUUUAUUAGUUCCAAUAGUAUGUGCUGCAAUCUUAAUUAUUGCAUCAAUAUGUAUCUUUAUAAUAUGUUGUUAUUCUCAAAGAAAACGUCGUGAACUUCUUAUGAAAUAUACAACAACAAUAGCGCCUAAUAAUGAACAAUCAUCAAAUUUAAUACAAGAUAUAUCAGAAAGUAAUAAUACAACAAAUCAUCAUCAUUUCAAGAAUAUAACACAUCCGAUCAAUAUAACACCGACUAAUCAAAACUAUACUUCAUAUCAUCCAUCACAAUUAUUAUGUGAUUCAUCAUUACAAAUAAGACGAUUUCUAUCACCAGAAUUUCAUGGAAGACGACUAUUACUUCAUAAUGAUAAUAAUAAUAAUGGUAGUAAGAAGAAUAUCAAUAGUCAUAUUCCACCAGGAAUUUGUACAAUCAAUACAAAUCGUGUAAAUAUGAAUAAAUCCAGUGGAACAGUUGUGAUUUAAGUGUUACGUAUAUAUACAUGAAGUUACUAAAAAGAUUGAAGAUGGGCUCAAUGAGAGAUUGAAGAUUUUUUAACCGAGUUUCAAAUGAAAAUUACAUCAUACACUCUUAGUAUUGAUUUUUAUAAUGCAUCAUUGUACAGAUUAUUUUAAAGAGUGAACCAUUUCUUUUUCUGGUGAAUUCUCUAAUAAAGGCUCUUUGUAGUAAAAAA